CAGAUGACCACACUCUCCAGCCAAACCCUAAUUGUGUGUGUGCGUGCUUGCGUGUGUGUGUGUGUGUGUGUCUGUGUGUGUGUGUGUCUGCAUUUUUUUUCCCUGACAUGAAAAAGGAAACCAGUAUUUGAGUAUUUGCUCUUUGUGCCUGUGAAUGGUCGUCCUGCGCCGUUUGAACCGUUUCAGUGGACUGAAAAAAAGUGGAGGUGGCAGAAUUUAGCUGUGAAAAAACUGGAGUUUUGGUUACCAUGCGGUGUUGUUGGAUGCCCUUCGUCUUGGCCUGGGUAUCCAUGGCAACCCCCACCUUCUGCCAAAGUGGAGAUUGGGGUUCAGGCUUUGACAUCUACUCGGCGAUAAUCGCCACCAACGACACGUCUCAGGCAGUCGGUGAUGAGCCUGUGAGGACAGGACACAAUCAGGACUGGACCGCAUCAGCAGCUCUUCCACCAUCACUUUCGCCGACGCUGCAGUACGAGCCCCGACCGGACGAGUGCUCGGUCCACUUCAGCACGAGCGCCGCUUCAGCUCGAAGGCUGAAGGCCCAGAGAGAGGAGCUGGCCUAUCUGCACGCCAUCCAGCACGGAAACAAGGCGGUGAUGGAGAACUUGGUGCAGUUCGUGGGGGCCGAGCUGGGAGAUCAGAGCUAUGAAGAUGUGAUUAAGGAAAAUGUCGUUGGCGCCGCGGAGGACCACAAGAGUUGCCACGAAGAGGUGGAGAAAGCUGAAGAGGAUAUGGAAAAGCAGCUGAAAGGGGAGGUGCCGAUGCAGAAAAUCAGAGAAGAGUCCUCGUCCUUUGAAGAGAUGCUGCGCGAGGCCGCGGACAUCGCCAACAGGCUGGAGAUCUCGUCGCAGGCCCUGCACGCUUCGUUCACCAGGCAGCUGAACGGCGUGGCCAAAAUGCAUCGCUAA